AUGACCAAGGCCAGCUUUUCGGUACCUGGCGUGACAAAGCCCAACCAUUUCGUAUACGACACGGCGUGCGAGGCAAAACAACAGGUAAUGAAAUCGAACGACGAAUGGUGGCGAACAAUUGGGAUGUCCGUCGACGUAUGGCACCUACGCAACAAGCACAAGACGACACACGAUUUCUGCCAGCGGUACUGCAACCCGGCCGCUUUUCCUGAGCUCAAGUUGGACGAUGGGACCGGCUGGUGGUUUAAUACCUCUAUUGCCGAGCAGACUAAUGUCUGGCUCGGUGGCUACCAUUCGAUGGUGCGGGAGAUGCUCCCGAUCCGGUAUAAUUUUUUCUUAGAUGAGAUGGUUCGUAUACGAAACAUCAACACGAUAGCGACGUUGAAGGCAAAAGACCUCAACCCGCAGUACACUCCCUUUAAUUUUGGUAACAUAGCGCAGGCGUUUACCUAG